UUUUUUUCGAGAGGGGGGUGUGCCCUUCCAGCACGAGUUGCAGCACUUUUCCCAUCUAUGUUCUGGACCAACUUGACUAAAAGGGUCCAGGUAACAGCACGGCACACUUGGACCUUUUGAGGCGGAGAGCAAAAUGUUGAGGGUCCUGCUCCUGGCUCUGUGUGUUGGAGGCUUGGAGGCCUGGUUCUGGAACGCUGACCCGGAGCCCACCACGCCGACCUCUACGGACGCCCCCGCAACGACCAGUGGCGUGAAGAAGGUGAACGAGGAGGGUGAGGAUUUGUCAGGGCUUGGAGAAGAAAUCCUCAACGUAGCCACGGGAAUCCGUAACUUGGUCAAGACCUGGGAUCAUGUGACCACCAGCCCCGGGACUACUAACGGUUCCCUGAAGGUGGAGAGCGCUGAGUGGAACGUGACGGGUAAUGUUGACGGCUCGGGAGGAGGGAAGGGGGAGGAAGGCUCCGGUGAUGCAUCCGGAUCAGGAUCGGGGUCCGGGGAAGAUCUCGUACACACCGUCGUCUUUUCCAGUAACUUAAGCGAUGCGAACAACGGGACUCUGGAUCCACGCUGUUUGCCCGUCCCGUCCGGUUGGCCCAUGUGCUCCAAAAAGCGCCAGCAGUUCUUCACCUUGCCCAAUUCUUUCAACCAUACGUCCGUGGAGCAGGUAGAAGCCACCCUGCAGGAGUGGGCCCGGCUGACCCGGGCGGGCUGUCACCGACACGUAGAGUGGUUCCUCUGCUUCCUGCUGGUGCCCGAAUGCCCGUCGCCCACCCGGGUACCUCUGCACCUGCCCUGCCGCAGCUUUUGCAAGCAAGUGCAGGACAGCUGCUGGGCGUCGCUGGACAGCGCCGAGGUGCCGGUGGAAUGCGGCCUCCUGCCCGUUGAGGAGUGUGUGUCUGUUAGUUACUCGGAAGAGCAAAGCAGUUUGUCUCUGCUCCAGCUAAUCGGAGAUCCGCCACCCGAUGAGAUCGGUCGGGUCCGGUGGCCAGGCGGCACCCAGGCCUACGUCUUCACCUCGGGGGCCGUGUCGGGCCAGCCGGCUCUGGCCUAUGUGCCCAACCCAUUCUACCGCCACUUCUCCCUCCUCUUUCACAUCAAGCCGUCCACUUCGGGCCCCUCGGUCCUCUUCUCCAUCACCGACGGGCCGCAGAAGCUCAUGUAUGUGGCCGUCAAGCUCAGCGCCGUGCGGGCGGGUCGCCAGACGGUGCAGUUUUUCUACACCGAGCCUGGUUCGGAGAAGUCGUACGAGGCGGCUAGCUUCGACGUGCCGAGCCUGGUGGACAAAUGGAGCCGGUUCUCGCUGUCCGUCUUUGAGGAGCAGGUGACCUUCUACCAGGACUGUGAUGCGGUGCCACGAGUGGUGAGCUUUGAGCGUUCCCCGGAUCCCAUGGACCUGGACAGAAGAGCAGGCAUCUUUGUCGCUCAGGCCGGGGGGGCCGACCAGGACAAGUUUGAGGGCGAAAUCGCCGAUCUGAGGCUGGUGGGAAACUCUCGGGCGGCCGAGCGCUUGUGUGACGACAUCGAUGACGACUCUGAUGCUGCCUCUGGCGACUUUGGUAGCGGUGAAGGUAGCAGGAGGCAGACAGGAGGCGGAGUGAAGACCACUCCAGCAUCCAUCAGGCCGGUGCCCGAGCCCCCGCUGAUUGCCUCAAAAGGAAGCAGAUUUAAAGAAACAGCUGGAGGUAAAGGAGCGAAAGGUGACAGAGGAGAGAAAGGUACCCGUGGGGACAGAGGCCACGCAGGGCCCAAGGGAGACCCAGGCUCAGGUUUCUCCUCAAAUGCUGGAGGUGGCGGACAGAAGGGAGAAAAGGGAGAUAAGGGUAGCACAACUUUUGGAAGUAAAGGAGACCGUGGCGUUCAGGGCCUUCCAGGUCCGCCGGGUCCUCCUGGGUCUGCGGGUGAGGUUACCCGCCUUGGAGAUGGCUCACAGAGUGUGCCCGGAGCUCCCGGACCUCCGGGCCGAGAUGGAUUGCCUGGUCCGCAGGGGUUCCCAGGAAAGGAUGGACUACCUGGUCCUGAAGGGCCGCCAGGUUUCCCAGGAACGCCUGGAAUUCCCGGUGCAAAAGGAGACAAGGGUGAGCGGGGCGAAGGACCACCUGGACCCAGAGGUCCACCGGGACCUCCUGGACCAGGAGCUAGAAAUCAUCCGACAUUUGAUGACAUGGAGGGCUCAGGAUACCCAGAUUGGGAGAAGAUCCGGGGUCGUGUUGGUCCUCCAGGUCCCCCGGGCCCCCCGGGCCCACCUGGUACAUCAGUUGCACUUGGAUCUAAUGGUCCAGUUGCCUUUGGACCUCCUGGCCCACCUGGAAGGAACGGUUUACCGGGUUCUCCUGGACUCACUGGUCCACCGGGUCAACCUGGGCUCCGAGGAGAGAAGGGCGACUGCGGUGAACUCAACUCUCUUGGAGGAGCUGCAGAGAAGGGUUCUCGUGGUGACCCGGGACUUCCGGGGACGCCAGGACAGACUGGGUUAGCAGGGCUUCCGGGUCCCAUGGGCCCACCUGGACCUCCGGGCCGACCAGGGCCACCCGGAUCGCCAAGCCCCUUUAGCUUUAAUGAUCGAGAGGGCUUCGAGACAAAUGGUGGCUCACCUGGACCACAGGGUCCUCCAGGUAUUCCAGGUCUGGCGGGUAGACCAGGUAUACCCGGAAGCAAUGGUGACAAAGGAGCAGAGGGACCAAGCGGUCCACCAGGAAUUCCAGGUCUGGAUGGUUUUCCCGGACAACUGGGCUCGAAAGGAGAUCGAGGGGAGAAGGGGGAACAAGGUCUGCCAGGUCGUGACGGAGGACAACCUGGACCUCCGGGGCCUCCCGGACCUCCUGGGCAGAUCAUUUAUCAGGGUGGUGCUACGGGAGUAGGAAUUCCGGGCCAAGCUGGAUUUCCUGGGCCCAUUGGACCGAAAGGGGAAAAAGGCGAUACGGGUCUUCCAGGGUUUGCCACGAAGGGUGCAAAAGGAGAGCCUGGUGUCAUCCUGGGUUCGGAUGGGAGACCUCUGAACCUGGCGGGCUUGACAGGAGAACCGGGAGAUAUCGGACCUCCGGGCCCAGUUGGACCUCCAGGCCCUUAUGGCCCUUCAGGUCAAAAAGGAGAAAUUGGACUUCCAGGUAGACCAGGUCGACCGGGACUGAACGGCAUUCAAGGAGAAAAAGGCGAGCCGGGCGGCGGGUCCGGUACCGCAUACCAAGGUCCCCCAGGUCCUCCGGGCCCACCUGGACCUCCUGGACCAGCAUCCAGAGCUUAUGAUGACUAUUCCAGGUAUUAUCCAGACACCAAAGGAGAGAAAGGUGACCCCGGGACACCCGGAUUACCCGGCAUACCAGGUGCCGGGACAAACUUUGACUUUUAUGCCUUUAAGAAUGAAUUGAAGGGUGAAACGGGUUUGAAAGGAGAGAAAGGAGAACCAGGCAGCGGCCAUUACGACCCACGAUAUGGGGGAAGCGGAAUAGGAGCACCAGGAGUUCCCGGACCUCCAGGCCCCAGAGGGGACUCUAUUCGUGGCCCACCGGGUCCCGAAGGGCCACCCGGUCCACCAGGCAGAGGCUACGACGGCCGCCCUGGACCACCAGGGCCACCUGGACCCCCUGGCGUCGCCUCCUUCCCCGGACCUCAUCGAGGCACGCAAACUAUCAGCAUUCCUGGACCACCUGGGCCACCUGGAGUACCCGGAACACCUGGACAUGCUUCCGGGGUAACAGUGUUGCAGUCCUAUGACAUCAUGACAGCCACUGCUAGAAGACAACCUGAGGGUUCUCUGGUCUACAUCAUGGACCGUACAGACCUUUACCUACGAGUCAGAGACGGGGUUCGUCAAAUCCAGCUUGGAGGCUAUAUUCCAUUACCAAGUGUAGACGUUAAUGAGGUUGCAGCCGUGGAGCCGCCACCGGUCGUUCCGUACCCCCCACACGGCAACUCCAACGACUCCCACAGGCAAUCGGAGAGGCCAGAGCAAGUUAACCCGGACCGUAAUUCUCAGCCCGACCCACGUCACUCAGGCCAGCCGUACCAGCCGUACCAUCCGUACCAAACAAACCCCGACGGCAGAGACCAGACCCUUCCCGAUGGCAGAUACCGCCCUGACACACGGCAUACAGCUCAGCCAGAUCCGCGAUACCCCGCCCCAACGGACCCCAGAUACCCCAGUUACACAGACCGGGUCAAUAACCAAGAUGGCCGAUACUACGCUGUGACCCCUCAGCGAAGGCCCGCCCCACCCGUGGUCCAGAAUCCCGUCCACCGUCACACAUCUGGUCCAGGGCUCCAUCUCAUCGCCUUGAACCAGCCCCAGACGGGAUCUAUGAAGGGCAUCCGAGGCGCCGACUUCCUGUGCUUCAGCCAGGCUCAAAGCAUCGGAAUGAAGGGAACCUUCCGGGCCUUCUUGUCCUCCAGACUCCAAGAUCUCCAGAGCAUUGUCCGCAGAGCUGACAGAGAUCACAUGCCAAUACUCAACUUGAAGGAUGAGGUCUUGUUUGACAACUGGGAUUCGAUCUUCAACGGCGGCACCAUCAAGGAGAAUGUCCCGAUCUACUCUUUUGAUGGUAAAGAUGUUCUCCGCGACAACACAUGGCCUGAGAAGAUGAUGUGGCACGGCUCGGUCAGCAACGGUCAGCGGGAGGUGGAUGCUUUCUGCGAGUCGUGGCGCAUGAAUAGUCACGUACUCGCCGGCAAGGCGUCCUCGCUGCAGAGCGGCAGUCUGCUCCAGCAGACUUCUAGCAGCUGCUCCAACUCCUACGUGGUGCUGUGCGUGGAGAACAGCUACAUCGGCCAUAGCAGGAGAUAAACGCACGCGUUGGGACUAUCAAUUUGAUUGCCAUGACAUCAUUUCUUUUUCAAGUAGGUUAAACGGUGCUAAACAAAAUGAUCGUCUAUGUCAAAUAAGAAUUUCAGGUGGCUCAGAGAAAAUUUAAAAAUAGCUUACAGCUCUGGGGGGAUAAAAAAGAGAUGACAAACCAUUGCAUAAAUAUUAGUUUCUCUGAUUUUGCUAUUUACAGGUACCGUAAGUCCUGGAGGGAGUGGAAGCAAAAAUGUCGUUUUAUUCUGUAAAGUACCAUGAACGUAAUUCCCAAAUUUCAAAUCUAGAAAUGUUAUUUGCAGAAAAUGACAAACAGUCAAAAUACCAAAAAUAGUCCAGAUAUUUUAUAGUUGUCUUUUUCUUUUUUCCUUUUUUUCAGAGCUGUAAAUGCAAGGAAUUGGAAAAAGUACUUGAACAAGAAAAGCAAUUUGUAUGAUUCAGCAGUCAAGGAAAAAAAACAUUGUAUGCAAUAACAGGGCUAGUUUUAUUAUUUUUUUAUGAGUGCCUUUUCUUUUUUUACACUUGUCUUCAAACAAAAACAAAUCCCAAAUGUAUUCAGCUGUGGAUCAUCAUUAACCAGGCUGAUGAUAAAAUUGAAACAAAAUAUGUAAACACGCAUGAAAGCUCUGUUUCCCUCAUAGCAACAGUAAACACACUCCAGUUGCCGGUUAGUGACACAUUGUAGCACAUGCAUGCAAAAACUGCACACUUCCAUAUCAGACAACCAAAUGUUUGUCAUAUUUUGAAAACAAUGAGUAUCGAGAUUGGUGCCUGGGUUUCAAAUGGACCACAGUAAAGUGGUUGUGGAAAAAAAUGCACGGCAGGGGAAUUGACUGCUUGAGAUCAAUAAUUUUUAAUAUGCCACUUAUUAAACUGAAUUAUUGAUGCCAUUUUAUAAUUAGAGGCCAAUUCUACAGAAAAUGUGACUACAAUUACCGUAUUUUGAAUAUUCAUUCAAACUGCUUGUGACAAAACACUUGAUUUGAAUUAAAAUGUGUUUGCCAAUAA